AUGAGGAGGUGGAGCGGCGGCUCAUCGAGGAGGAGGUCCGCCAUGAGCUCGCCUGGCUUCCACGGAGGUUUCGACGCCGUCCCGUUCGUCGGGCCCGACGGCCCCACCAUCGUGCCGCCACCACCCCCAGGCCCGUUCUUCAUGCCCGAUGGCCCAUUCAUGCCGCCAAUGCCGCUGCCCCAGAUGCCGGUGGGCAUGCAUCCGAACUGCCCGCCACCGGCUUUGUUCGGGUCGUGGGAGGGGUUCAACCCUCGGCGGCUCCCGGGAUUUGGGCAACCGAUGCUCCCCAAUGAGGCGAGAACGAGGCCCCUGCCGCCUCCGAAGCCGAGGCAUCAGCUCCAGCUGCGCGAGAUCGCGCCCAGCGAGAGCUCUGAGGUUCUUUCAUCAGAAAUGAAGGUUUCUGGUGUGAAGAGGAAGGCAGAUGCGAGUUCUGCAACUACUAAACCAACAAAACUACAAACUGCUGCCAGGGACUGGAGCUGUGCACUCUGUCAAGUGAGCGCAACCAGUGAGGCUGGUCUGAAUCAGCAUCUUGAAGGGAAAAAGCACAAGGCAAAGCUGGUUCAAUGUGGAGCGAUCAAGGUGAACGAUACUAAUAAAAGUGGUUUGCAAGUAACUACUGGGAACAACAAUGGUGCAGGCCCAAAUGAUGCACCUAAGAAAAUCCACAUCCUGGUCGAUGGAGAGAUGCAUCAGGUUGUUCAAAAAAGCAACUAUGUAUGGUGUGAGCGCUGCAGGGUCAGUUGUACCAACGCCGCUGCCAUGGCUGACCAUCUGCGGGGCAAGAAGCACAGUUUAUUGAAUAAAGUUUGGACGUCAAUAAAAGCUGUGAGAAUGAACAAGGAAGUUAAGGAAGAUUCAGCUGCUACAUGUGAGACUGAGAGAAAGAGGAACAUAAGGAGGAAGACACAUACAUGA